ACCAGGGUCUUGCUAAUUCCCUGCCCCAGCCUCUUUCUUCAAGACUGCAGUGUCUAGAUGUGUGAGGACAGAUUCUGAAAAGGGAAGGUUUUGGUUAAUUAAUGGCACUGAACAGAAAGCAAGCCGUGGUCCUCAGGGAACUCUGCACUAUCAUUAAAGCUGCUGGCAUGAGUGGUCAGGAGCCUGAGCCUCUGAGUUCUGCAGUGAUACAGGUGCCAUCAUGGCUCCCAGGAUAGGUGCUGAGGCCUCGCUCAGGUCUGGGCUCUGUUUGAGGAUCGAGGGCCAUGCUGCCCACACAGCACUAGUUCUGACCCUCUUCCCCAGUAUGCUGGUGACUUGGCUUGAGGCUGCUAACCUCACUGUGGGCUUCCAGCUCCCCUGGAACAUCUCCCAUCCGUUCAGUGUGCAAAGGCUGGGUGCAGGCCUUCAGAUUGCCAUGGACAAGAUCAACUCAGAGACAGUGGACCUCGGAAGCUUCAGCUGGGAAUUCACUUAUACCAACUCAACUUGCAGCAUCAAGGAGUCUCACAUUAUUCUCACCAAUCAGGUCCAGAGACAACAGAUUUCUGCUCUGUUUGGCCCAGCAUGCCCAGAAGCAGCAGAGGUUAUUGGCUUGCUAGCCUCAGAGUGGAAUAUCCCUGUGUUUGACUUUUUUGGACAAACUGCAAAACUGGAGGACAACUUCUUAUAUGACACCUAUGUGACACUUGUGCCACCCAGGUACAAAAUUGGUGAUGUGCUCCAGAGAAGUCUUCAGUACCUGGGCUGGAAACACAUUGGGAUGUUUGGGGGUCACUCUGGGACUUCCUCCUGGGAUAGAGUGGGUGAAUUGUGGAAGGUUGUAGAGAAUGGACUCAAAUCCCAUUUCACCAUCACGGUCAGUGUGAAAUACACCAACAAUGACCCAGCCUCCCUUCAGGAGAAUCUUAGAGGCAUGUCAUUGGCUACCAGAAUUAACAUCUUAAUCUGCAGCUCAGAGGAUGCAAAAACUAUCCUGCUGCCUGCAGAGAACCUGGGACUCAGCCCAGGGGAAUUCCUCUUCAGUAUUGUGCAGUGGACGGACGUGGGUGCUGAUAAGCCCUCAGUGACCCCCACAGUGAGCCCGUACGCGGCCUACAUCCUGCGCUACGCACAGCCGGCCAGGGCCGAGGCCGGACCCCUGAGGAAUGUCUCCACGAUUCGUCGGCCCCAUCGCUCCUUUCCUGAAGACAGACCCAGCUGCGGAUUUUCUAAUGAGCUCUGUGAACCCACACCUGCUUCUACAGGGGUGACUGCUGUGAUCCUCACAAUGGCCCUCCUGGUUACUGUCUUGGGAACUGUGACAGGUCUGAUUUUAAAGAUGCAGAGUGGAAAAUUGCAAAAGCAAAAUAAAGACAUUUGGUGGCAAAUCAAUUAUGAUGACAUCACCAUUCUGCCCCAGAAUGAGUAUAAAGCAGUGCAAUCUUUGCAAGCGUACACCGAUUAUUCCGAAGCAUUUAUUGCCCUCCUGGAAAUGUUAAUUGAGGGUGGAGGUGUGACGGAGAAGAACCCUGAGCCUCCUUCUUCCCUCUUCAACCGAAGCAGCUCGGUUCUGUCCUACCUGAUUCCUGCAUCAGGGUUCCAGCCAUCCCAGAGAGGCACACCUGUGUCGAGAGGGGACAACCGUCAUUCAUCUAGUGUGAUGAUUUCUGGGGACGCCAGUUCCUUUGUCAAGAGCCAGCCAGGGGAAGAGCUCUUUUAUGCCCCUGUAGGGCUUUACCAGAUUAAGAACACCCCAGUUCGUCUCUGGUUCCAGGGAAACCAUGUGGCCGUCUGCAAUGCUGGUGACCAAGCAAAAGCCUGGGUCAGGAAGCCAUCUGUGCUGCAGGAAAUCCGGCUGGUGUAUGAGUUAAGGCACGAAAACAUUGUCCCCUUCUUCGGUGUUUGCACAGAACCACCCAACAUCUGCAUUGUCACCCAGUAUUGCGAGACAGGGAGCCUUAAGGAUGUUUUGAGAAACUCAGAUCAUGAGCUGGGUUGGAUAUUCAAACUCUCAUUUGCAUGUGACAUAGUCAAUGGCAAGCUGUUCCUCCAUGGGAGCCCCCUGGGGUCCCACGGCAACCCGAAGCCUUCCAGCUGCCUGGUGGAGCAGGUGAAGCUGAUGGGCUUUGGGCUGUGGGAGCUCAAGUAUGGCCGGACCUACGGAACAUACAGCCAGGGACCGACCAACCAUUCCAGAACUUACUGGACGGCCCCCGAGCUGCUGCGGCUCCCAAAGGCGCCCUGGUCCGGCACCCCAAAGGGAGAUGGCCACAGCUUUGCCACUCUGAUGACGGAGCUGAUCCACUCCCAGGUCCACGGGCCGUUUGACCACCUCAAGGAGGCGCCAGAUGAAAUCAUCAGCCGAAUCAAAGACCCUGCAGUGUCAGUUCCACUUCGCCCUUCCCUGUCGGAGGAGAAGGGCAAUGAGAAGAUUGUGGUCAUGGUGAAGGCAUGUUGGGAUGAAGCUCCAGAGAAAAGGCCCACUUUCUCUUCCAUCAAGAAAUUUUUACAGGAAGCCGGUUCCAAAGGGUGACCAGUGAGCAUCCUAGACAGUCUCGUGAGCAAGCCGGAGGUGUAUGCCAACCACCUGGAGGACGUGGUGGAAGAGAGGACCAACCAGCUGAUGGCAGAGAAGAAGGUAGAUAGGCUUCUGUCCACAAUGCUGCCAAGCUUCAUUGGAUAACAGCUCAUAGCUGGAAGGUCCGUGGAACCAGAACAUUUUGAGUCCCUGACAAUCUUUUUCUCCGACAUUGCUGGGUUCACAGAGCUGUGUUCACUCAGCUCCCCCUUGCAAGUUGUGAAUCUCCUUAACGACCCGUACAGUUUAUUUGAUCACAUCCUUAAAACAGAGGAUUCGUAUAAGGUGGAAACCAUUGGAGAUGCAUACGUGGUGGCUAGUGGACUUCCCAUCCUCAAUGGAAUCCAGCAGGUGGACGAGACUGCCACAAUGUCCUUGCACUCCCUCAGCGCCACUGUCGACUUCCAGAUCGGGCAGGUGCCCCAGGAGAAGCUCAGGCUUAGGACUGGCAUCCACACAGAUAGACAGCACUGGGCCUUCGGGUCCAGGUAUGGGGCCAGGUGGUUCUGGAUUCAAGUCCUGGGUCUGAGGUUUUGAGAAGCCUGAAGCUGAAUGGUAACAUCUACAAGGGAAACAAAAGGUUGAAUGGUCUCUGUAAAUGUAUUUCCAGCUAGCCAGAUUACUUGGUGACAGCGAAGACACCCAGAGACUCCAAGGUGUUGAACCAAAAGUUAGGAGGAGACCGAAAAGCAGGACAGUUUUAUGGGGCUGCUUCCCCCGCCCCAACCCCCAUGCCUCUGUAUCAAAUGCCCUUUGAUCUGGUCUAUUUUUGGUCAAACUCAUGGGCAU